AUACACACAAUUUGCAUAAUUUACCACACUUCAUAAUAUAUAAUGAUUUGGGAAAAAUAAUCUCGGCCAUUCAACACAAGGAUUUGUACAAGUGAUAAGGUCUUAGGAAAAGAAAUCCACUGCUAAAAUCUAAAAUGAAGGAUUCAAAUCUCAGAUUCGUGUUGUUGCUAGCGGUGAUCGUGAGCUGUGGAGCUGAUUCAGCAGUAUCAGAGGACGAAUCAGAAGAAGAGAUGUUCAACUGUGAUAGAUACGAAAACAUCGUACAACGAUUCUCCGAAUGUUUUAGGUCAAGAAAUACUACUGGUUACUCCAUCUUGAUGACAAGAAUAGACGAGUUGAAUAUAGUAACAAGAGGAGCUUUCCUGGCACAAAUUACGUCAUUAUGCAGUGACGAGCAAAUUAACGAGGCUUAUACAAGAUGUACAAGAGAUAUUGUAUCAGUCUGUCCAGAGCUUACAGAAACAAUCAAUGAUGUUGUAAGAGAAAAGGUUUCUUUUCUUUGUGAAAAUAAUCAACCAUCCUCUUGGAUCCGUGGUGUUUUGAACGAAGAUUACAUGUUAAACAUGACAUGUUUUCAGUCUUACGAGAAUGAGGUGUUAAAGUCUAUACACGAUUGUUUUCGUAAAACACACGGCAUGAUGUCCGAGAUAAAGAAAAUUUAUGCUCAAACUCUAUCAAUGGCUCGAGAACAAUACAAAAGGGCCUUAUCUGAUUUGUUCCAAUGCACAGCUUCACCUUACUAUGGCGAUACCACUCUAUCAUGCGGAUCAAAGAAAAAGGAGGUACUAUUAACUUACUGGAUCGUCUUCUCCGUGGCCAUUGAUCCAUUAACUCCACCCAUAGGACCUCAGGCCAGAAAUAAAUUGACGGAAAUGAUGUCACCACUCUACUAGAAGGCUCAUCAAAUGAUAUGUGUUUCAAAUGAACUAUAUUGGCAAUAAUAAUGAAUUAAGUCACAAAUAAAUUGAAAUAAAGUACAAAAAAUACAUAUGUUA